AUGUCAGUACCUUUGGGAGACAUCAUUUACACAGCCGUCAAGCCUAUCAUCAAGAUCUACUUGAUCAUGGGAAUAGGCUUUUAUAUGACGCGAAAGAAUGUCCUUUCCGUUGAAACCACCAGAAACAUCAGUGACCUUGCUAUAACCAUUUUGCUGCCAUGUCUGAUGUUCAACAAGAUUGUCACCAACAUCAGCAAUGCCGAACUGAAGCAGAUUGGUACGAUUUUACUAGAUGGAGCAUGUCUCCAACUUGGUGGCGCAAGUCUGGCUCUUGGGCUUGCUGUUCUGCUGAAAUGCCCCAAGUACUGGAUUGGAGGAGCCAUUUCGGUAGGACUGUUACCGAACAUUUCAGAUCUGCCAAUUGCAUAUCUCCAAACGCUAGGAACGGGCGGGGUGAUCACGUCGGCCGAGUCUGAGAAAGGUGUGGCCUAUGCAUGUAUCUUCACGUGUCUACAGUUACUUUUUCAGUUCAAUUUGGGUGGUUUCAGACUCAUUGGCUGGGACCUCCGUGAAGAGAUACGCAAGGCCAAGGAGUUAGCAGAGAACGACGAGAAAAUCGCCUUUGGAGCUAGUUCUUCUUCUGAAGAAGACGAAAGGAAUACUGUGUUGCAACCGGAGAAUUCUAGUGACAAUCCUGUGUCGGAGGUGUCGUCGUUGUCGUCUGUAGCAAGUGGGCAGAACCAGGACCAGCGCAGAGAGUUUAUUGAUGCGAGGCCGUACAGCGAAAAUCCAGUCUCGGCCACCACAACCAGAAGAAGACGCGCUAGUGUGGCUCGUUCGGUGGCCACUAAUGAAGAGUCCAGAGACGAAACAGCCCAGACCAUGGAGGAUGUCGUGAGACUGUAUUCUAGAGUUGGCUCAAUAGUUGAAGGCCAGGACCCAGAUACCCAGGGAUUAACCGAACUUGGUCUUAGACAGUCACAAUCACACCAGAAAGAGCCUGUCAAGAAUAAUAUACCCAUAUCGUCGCGGGUAUGGCAUGUGGUGAAGCAAACACUCAAGAUGAUUGGUCUCAGUUGUCUCAAGCCCAUCUCCAUAGUCAUGGUGGUCAGUGUUUGCUUCUCCAUGAUCCCUUGGGUUCGUGCUCUGUUUGUUCAUAAUACCCAGGCCUCAGUCCCAGAUGCCCCAGACUCGGAGCCACCUCUCAGUUUUAUCAUGGACUUCACCAGCUACGUUGGUGCGGCUCAGGUGCCUUUGGGACUGCUGCUUCUGGGCGGAACCAUAUCGCGACUUCAAAUCAAAGGAAUCGACAAAAGAGCAUUCCGUAUUCCUCUGGCGUUGGUUUUCAUGAGACUGAUACUUUUCCCAGUUAUUGGCAGUCUUCUCAAUCACAGAUUCAAGAAGAUUGGGCUAUUUUACGACGAUAAGAUUCUCGAGUUUGUCUGCUCAAUCACCUGGGGAUUGCCUCCAGCUACUUCAAUGAUUUAUAUCACAGCAUUGUACAUGCCAGCCACUUCGAAAGAGAGAAUACAGAUUGACUCUCUAGCUCUUACUUAUAUCUUCAGUUACACGAUACUGGUUGUGUCGUUGCCGUUUCUGACUUCGUACACUCUGAAGGUUCCUCUUGGGUAUUGA